CCCAUCGUUUCCUCUCUCUCUCUCUCUCUCUCUCUGUCCUCUCAACGCCCAUUGCAAUUUGUUGGUCAGCGCCCAUCAUCUCCCACCGGUCGCAGCAUCUCUCUUGUGCCCCAUUGGAUGGUCAGGCAUGCAGCAGGGAAGCCGCCUCUCCUGGUCGGAUUUGCAGAGCCUGGCGCGCCGGAAGCCGGCGGCCUCCGCGGUAGCGGCGGAUGGCCGACGCCUUGCUAAGGCGCUCUCCGUUCCCCACCUCACGGCCAUUGGUGUUGGCUCGACGAUCGGCGCCGGCAUAUAUGUCCUGGUAGGAACCGUGGCUCGUGAGCAUGCAGGACCAGCCUUGACACUUUCCUUUCUAAUUGCUGGCAUUGCUGCUGCUCUUUCUGCCUUGUGUUAUGCCGAGCUUUCUUGCCGCUUCCCUUCAGCAGGAAGUGCUUAUCACUAUUCCUACAUUUGCAUUGGAGAGAGUGUCGCUUGGCUGAUUGGUUGGGCUUUGAUUCUCGAGUACACGAUCGGUGGAUCAUCAGUGGCACGUGGCAUCUCACCAAACUUGGCUCUGUUUUUUGGUGGCCAAGACAAGUUGCCCUUCUUCUUAGCACAAGUACAUGUUAAAUGGCUUGACACCCCAGUUGAUCCUUGUGCUGCCAUUCUUGUCCUCAUAGUCACCGCAUUACUUUGUCUGGGAAUUAAGGAGAGCUCACUUGUGGAAGGCGUCAUCACCAUUGCAAAUGUCGCAAUUAUGCUGUUUGUCAUUUGUGCCGGUGGAUGGUUAGGAUUCCAGAAUGGCUGGCCUGGUUAUGAUGUUCUGAAAGGUUACUUCCCGAAUGGUGCAAGUGGAGUUUUUUCUGGAUCAGCAACCCUCUUCUUUGCUUACAUUGGUUUUGAUGCAGUUGCCAGUACAGCUGAAGAGGUGAAGAAUCCUCAACUUGAUCUUCCAUGGGGAAUGUGUUUGACCCUGUCAUUGUGCUGCUUCCUCUAUAUGAUGGUUUCUGCUGUUAUUGUCGGUCUGGUGCCAUAUAAUGCAAUGGAUCCUGACACCCCUAUUUCAUCUGCAUUUGCUCAAUAUGGAAUGCAAUGGGCAGCGUAUGUCAUUUCCAGUGGGGUUGUUCUUGCUCUCAUAGCAUCACUGAUUGGCGCUAUUCUCCCUCAGCCAAGAAUUGUCAUGGCUAUGGCAAGAGAUGGACUGCUUCCCCCAAUAUUCUCAGCUGUUGGUCAACGGACUCAAGUCCCAACAUUGAGCACAAUUCUGACUGGGAUAUGUGCUGCUAUCCUUGCUUUUUUCAUGGAUGUGUCACAAUUGGCAGGGAUGGUAAGCGUGGGCACACUAUUGGCAUUUACAAUGGUUGCGAUUUCUCUUUUAAUAGUAAGAUAUGCUCCUCCAAAUGAUAUGCCAAUGGGAGGCGUUGAUCCAUCCUCACCUGAAUCACUAGCUUUACAUACUGGGCAUUCAGAGGCAGAUGAGGGAAUUUCGGAGGGUCCUUUUGGCAAUGUUGAUGAAGCACCUACUGCCAGUGAGAUCGCCAAUAUGGUAAGGCGACAAAAAGCUAAAGGAUAUAUAGUGAUGGUUUGCUUUGGGGUCAUCACCUUUGUGCUAGCGGUUUCUUUCUCCUCUUUGCCAUUUUCCAUACGAUGCACAACAUGUGCCUUACGUAGCUUGCUCUUGCUCGGUGCUACCAUUGUACUUUCAUGCAUCGGACAAGACAAGUCGUCUUCACGACAAACUGAAGGUUUCAUGUGCCCGUUUGUACCUGUACUUCCAAUAUGCUGCAUCCUCAUCAACGUGUACCUUCUAAUGAACCUCGGGAGUCACACGUGGAUCCGUGUUUCUAUAUGGCUUGCGGCUGGUGCACUAAUAUAUCUCUUCUAUGGUCGAAAUCACAGUUCCCUGACAGGAACGGCCUACGAGCGCGUGUCACCUGCAUGAGACAGCGUGGGGGUAUUCUUCUAAUUUUUCAUCUGCAUAUAUGUUGGCGAACUCGUGAAGGCGGAGACCUUGGUGAAUUUCCUUCACAUUGACAAGGUUAGCACUUCCAUGGUCGAUCUGUCAACGGCUGAAGCCUUCAAAGCAGCAUGGCGAAAUGGCCAUCACACAUGGUUGGGGGGUUCCUGACCAGUUUUGGACAAGAAACUGAAGAACCCCCGAGUUUUGAAUUCUGCAGAGGUUUUAAACUUGAAAGCAGAAACAUGUAUACCAAUAGCAGCACUACAUAGGAUUACAAUCAACACUUUUUCGGCAAUUUAACCAACCCCAGGAGGCUCUGUUCGAAAGAAAAGUUUUUUUGAGGAAAAAUCGGAGGACUGCAAUCCAGGGGAAAGCAAGUC